AACAUGACAAGCGAAUUUUCAAAAAGAAAAUACAUUUUUACAGUAGAUAUUUUUAUUUCAAUUCGUACUAAAAUCUGAGCGUAUUUUGUGGAUUAAACUAUCGGGAGACUGUAUAAUACAAGAUGGAUGAGAAAGUGGGCGAGAAUGAAUUGCUUGAGAGAGUUUUUAUGCGUCUUGGAAGCGCUUCUACAGACGAGCAACUUGAAGAAUUCACAAAGAAAUUUUUGACCCCAGUUUUAUUGAAGCUUGCUAGUCCAAGCGAAGAUGUAAGGAAGAAAGUUCUAGAGCUUCUUGCUCAAAUAAAUCGUCUUUUAAAGAACCGUGAAUGCGUGCAGCUCCCUGUGGAUGGCUUGUUUUUGCAGUAUCAAGACCCACAAUGCACUGAGUUUGUGAGGAAUUUCACUAUUCUCUAUCUUAAAAUGGGCUUCACACGAUUCAAUCCUGCUAAACAGGUAGAGCAUCUGCCUCAGUUAUUUUCCAGCAUGGCCGGGAGACCACAACCACAGCAGAUGUGUUUGCUACAGCUCGCCAUUCCAGUAUUUACCUUGUUUUCUAAAGACGACACGUCUGCGAUGAAGGGUUUGCAUACAGUUAUAAGCAAGGAUAAAACUAUCUUAGAUUUAUUUUUGGGCUUUAUCCUUGAUGUCCUAAUUCUACCGUACGGUGCUGUGACCAAUAACAAGUCAGAUCCGCAAAAGUCGGUUGUACCACCUGGGUUAAGCUGUGCUGCGCUUCAGCAAGUCCUGUCGUCAGGCAUUACCGUUGAUAACCUUGAGGGGAUUAAACUUGGAAUACUCAAGUUUCUUUCUGCAGAUUUGUUUGAUACAACCACAGUCCAAGUCCAUCUUGUUGUUGCCACAAGCGACAGUCAUCACACCAUCACAGAUUAUGCUGGUCAUCAGCUGAAAAGAAUCACUGAAGCAUCAGAUUGGGAACAUGUCAACGUUAUGAGUAAAUUAAUGGCCAUUUUCCUUGGAAGUAUUAACUUACCUGGGAAACCAGCAACCCCACCGGAUGAGUGUCGUACCGCAGCCAGCAUGCCGCUACAGUUAAAGAUUUUCCCCUUCCUGUUGAAGUCACGCAAGAGCACCAAUAUCUUCCCUGCAUGUUUACAAAUUGUGUUUCAAGUCGACCGAGAUGAAGGGCGGAAUCAAGCGAAGCGGAAACUAAAGAAGUUCAGAAUACAGUUCAUUCAUCAUUUAUGUGAAUUUAGCUCGGAUAAAGUUAUCAGUAUUAUUUCACCUAUCUUGCUCUCCACCCUUCUCGAGAUUAUAGCCGAUGAUAACAAAUCUGAUUUAGAACGGAUAACUUUUCUAGCAAUUGGAAAGAUUGCCAAAAGAUCACCAACACUGUUUCAUAAAGAUACGACAGUAAUACAAAGCCUUUUUCAAGCCAUACACGGUAAGGACCCCGACACAGGACUAGACAUUUUGCAAGCAUUAAGCAUGAUUGCAAAUGCUUGUAAGGCAGCAACAUCGCCGACACUUGCUAUGAUCGAAGCGUUGGUGUUACACAAUGUCAGUCAGGAAAAUCCACAGUGCCGACUUGCAGCUCUUCAGAUUACAAACAUUCUUUUCCCUACAAACCAUGUCAAGUCCCGUUAUGCAUGUCUACUAGCAUCUGCUGAUAUGAGAAACGAUAUCAAGGAGGAAGCAAACCGAGGAUUACUUGUUUGCCAGCAUGAGGAAACUGACAGCAACGACAGUCCCAAUUUCCCAGAUUUUUGUGAGAUGGUUAACUUCAUUCACCAAACACUUCAUGAUGGGAAUGGCUAUAAACAAAGCUACGUAACAGUUGCUGGAACUUUGCUGUUUCCACCAGCCAUACUCAUUAACAUGUUGCAAUAUCUUCAUCGCUGUCUGAGUUCCAGCUCCGGUGUAACCCAGGAAGAUGCUGACAACGACCAAUCCCUGAUACCAAUUUCAAAAUAUGUGCAAAAGAUAUUAAACGAUCAACGCACUGUUGUGUACCAAUAUCUUUCAUUUAUCCAAGAAGCUCUGAAGCCUGCUGGUAGUUAUGAGUUACACUCGGUAGCACUUGUUAACCUUCUUGAAAUGCUAGCUUCAGCAACCAAUCGGCUUGCACCAGAGUUGAAUCAAGAUGGGUUGUCGUGGAUUAGGAGCUUCAUUUGGUCAUCUCACAAUGUCAUUCGGAACACGUCUGCCCAAAUAUUUGCAAUCCUGAUUUGUCAAUCUGGAAAGGACAUGGUCCUACAAGAGCUAACCAGCUUGCUCACAACUGUUAAUGAUCCAUCUGAAGCAGUUCAAAAUGGGACAAUCAUUUGUAUUGGUCAUUUAAUUGGUCAGUAUCUCAGCCAGCAGAAUGUGGACACUUCUCAACAAAUGGAGGUGGAAGAUUUAGAUGAUUCAGAAACAUUUGAGCCUAAAAUUGAGAAAGCAAUUUCCGAAACAUUCCUGGCUAUCAUCCGUUUUCUAGCUAGCCAAUCCAGUUUAUUAGUUCAUACAGCUUGCGAUGCCAUUGGUGAAGUUUGUAAACAAAGUAGCAUGCCUUUACCUGAUGGUGUUGUAUCCCCAAAUGAUGGUAACAAUGAUGAAAAGGCUUUACCUGCUGACAAGAUCCUCUCCAAGGCUGAUAUUAUACAGCAGUUGGCUUAUAUAAUGAAUAACUCGAAAGAACAAAAACUUUGCGAGAAAGCCGCACUUGUCCUGGGAAUGACCUGUGUUGGAGAACAGCAGUUUCCCCACAUCAAGGAAGCUAUUGCAAUUCUCUUUGAUGCUUCCAAGAAGCGUGAUAUAGACUUCCAAUUUACGGUUGGUGAAGCUUUAUCAUGUGCUGGUGCUGGCAAAUUGUCCACUGCUUCGCGAAGUAAGUGGGUUGUAGGUGAUAGUUUGGUCAAUGAAAUUCCAGAAACCAAGGAGAUGAUGCGUUGGAUGCUGGAGAAGAUUGUCCGAGAGUACAUCACCAGUGAUGUAGCCCAUGUCCGGAAAGCUGCUUGUAUUUGGUUGCUGGUGUUGUUGAAGCACUCGAGUAAACACAGUGCUGUGCAAGAAAUGAUGGCUGAAAUCCAACAAGCAUUCUCUGCCAUGCUGUCCGAGAGUGACGAGAUUGUACAGGAAGUCUCCUCGAAGGGACUAAGUUUAAUCUACGAGUUUGGAUCAGAAGAGUUCCGGAAGGACAUUGUUGCAUCGUUAGUAGACACAAUGCUUUCUGGCAAGAAGAAAGUUCAAAAUGUCACUGGUGAUACAAAGCUGUUUGAUAAAGCAAUGCCACUUGGAGAUGCUGGUCAACUUUCAACCUACAAAGAACUGUGUUCCUUAGCCAAUGAUAUGAACCAACCUGAGCUUGUGUAUAGAUUCCUACAUCUCGCGAAUCACAAUGCCCUGUGGAAUUCAAAGAAAGGUGCUGCUUUUGGAUUUGCAUCAAUUGCCUCUCAAGCCAGGAAAGAAUUGGAGCCACAUUUGAAAACCUUGGUACCAAAGUUAUACAGGUAUCUUGCUCAUUUUAAAUUCUGUGUAAGAUUUCCAUUCCCAAACAUCUAAUUGUUUUGUUUUGCGGAAAACAUCAUGUUUAUUGACCUGCCAAAUGAGUAAACUCGGUGUUUUCCCAGACCAAAACAAAUAUAUUUGCUAUAGCGUUACAGUAGACUGUGUGAAUCAUGAACAGGAAGAUUUAGAUUCAGAAUAGUGACACCAAAACGAGUGCAAAAAAGCUGUGCAACAGUAAAUUACAGUAUAUACAAACACACAGACCACAUAUAUAUUAUUUUCUAAUAUUUUAUUUCUAGGUAUCAGUUUGACCCAAACAGCAAAGUUCGUGAAGCAAUGUUGAGUAUCUGGCAUGCAAUAGUGAAAGACCAACAUAAAGUUGUCGAUCAGUACAGUCAAGAGAUUCUGUCAGAAUUACUGGCCAACCUUCACAACACUGUCUGGCGUGUCCGGCAAUCUUGUUGUGUUGCUGUCGGUAACUUCCUCAAUGGUCGUUCACUGGACAGUAUCCUUGAAUACCUUCCUCAGCUGUGGACCAUGUGCCUCAGGGAUAUGGACGAUAUCAAGGAAAGCGUUAGGAAGGCAGCUGAAGUUGCAUGCAAGACACUACAGUCUGUCUCCAUUCGCGGGUGUGAUGCCAAUCAAGGAAAAGUUGGCCAAGAAGCAGUCCGUGUCCUCUUGCCAGUGUUACUUGAGCAAGGCCUUGCAAGUCGAGUUGAUGAUAUUCGCAAGCUUGUCUUGCACACCAUUGUCAAGAUCAGUAAGAAUGCUGGAAGCCUUCUGAAACCUCACGUCCCAAUUCUAGUUGUAACUCUCCUAGAAUCCCUGAGCGGUUUAGAGCCACAACAAUUGAACUACCUCAGUUUUCAGCUCCAGAAAGAUCCCAACAUGCAAGAAAAACUUGAAGAUGCAAGAAUAUCGUUUUCGAAAUCUUCCCCGAUGAUGGAGACUGUAUCAUUGUGUGUUCAACACGUGGAUAAAACCGUACUUGAGGAGCUUGUCCCUCGUCUUGCAGAACUGUUGCGUAGUGGUCUUGGUUUGGGCACUAAAGCAGGCUGUGCAGGUUUUGUUGUAUCUCUCGUACAGCAGUGUGGUCAAGAUUUACAACCGUAUGCUGGGAAACUACUAAGUGCCUUGUUGUCGGGACUGACGGACAGAAGUAAAGCAGUUUGCAAGAGAUAUGCCGAAGCUAUUGGUUCUUUGGUGAGAGUUGCGAAAGACAGUAGCGUUUCGAAGCUGUUUGCCAAAAUGAAAUCGUGGUAUUUUGAAAAAGAAAAUGAAUCUCUGCAGAUUGCAUGUGGUUUGGUUUGUAAAGAAAUUGCAAGAUCAUCGCCAGAUGUCAUGGCGCAUCAUGCAACGUCUAUCCUACCUGUCGCUUUCGUUGCAAUGCAUCGUAAGGAUAAGCAAACUGGGAUCAAGUCGCCAUGGACUGAUAUCUGGUCUGAAAACACUCCUGUUUCCACGAGAGGGAUUCAGUUGUACCUUGAAGAGAUUGUAUCGAUUUCGUCCAUGCUGCUUUCGGGACAGUCUUGGGAACGUAAAGUCGAAGCUGCUGAUAGUAUUCAGACUGUGGUUACCACACUGCAUAAAGGUCUGCCGAAGAAACACUUGGAUAGCAUAGUCGCCGCUCUUCUGUCAAGUUUAUCAGGCCGAACCUGGGAUGGCAAGGAAAGCAUAGACUCGUGCAUCGCGACCGUGUUUGUGAAAUGUCAUGCCGUUAUGGAGGAUGGUACCAACAAAGAAAUAGCCCUGGCUGUUUUAAAAGAGUGUCGGAAACAAAAGCCAGCCUACAAAGCCAACGCCAUCAAAUGCCUUGGUCAAAUACUGGGAGAGAAGAAGGUGAUUGCUUUUAGAGAAGUCUACGAUAUUCUUAAGCCAAUCGUUAACCCAGAAAAGAAGAUGCCGGUUGAUGGCGAGCCGUCGGAGGAAGAAGAGCAAACACCUGAUGCUAACCUUCUCAUCAAUGCGUUUGAAUGUAUUGGAUCUGCUUGGCCGUUGGAGAGAGAGCAGCAACUAGAGCAGAGGGAAGAAAUGCUGAAUGUCCUCACUUCAUGUCUUAAAAGUCACCCGUGGAAGAUCCAGCUUGCUAUUUUGGAAUCUCUCAAUCGCUACAUCGGGAAAGUAACAGUCGAUGAAGAUCCAGAAUUUCUUGGUAAAAUUGUUACAUCCGUACUAACGGAACUAUUCCUGUGUCUUGGGAAUGUCAAAUAUGCUGCAAUUCGUCUGAAUAGUUUAGAAGUGGGGAAAAGUUUGUUGUCUCUUGUAGAGACAAGCAAGUUGGAACUGAGUGUUGAACACAAGGACUUGCUGCGGGAGUUGUACCGAAUUCUUGCGAUUCUGAGAAACGAUAGAAAUGAGAAUGUCAAGAGUAAAUCAAUUGAACUUGACGUGUUCCUCAAGAAGCUUAUGUGAGAUACAUUUGAGAUACGUAAUGAAGGAGCAUGAUAUAAGGUUGAGUGUUUAUUCUCGACAGUCUGAGAAUGUAAGCAUUAAGCUCAUGGUUCUGAUAUUUUAGGAAAAAGUAGAGAAGAUCCUAUGAACUCUCUGAUAUUAAAAGGACCUUCUUUUGAAACGUCAGAUUCUUCCACUGAUAUUUUUCAGGCUGAUGAGAAUUAACACGCAAUUCUUUCAUGUACACAAGAGAAUGUUGUGUUAAUACUGUUAUCAUGUGGAAAGGUGGUGCCAUUAACCUGUACUAGCUGCAACACAGAGACAUAGACACAAUAUUUUGCAUGCACUAUUUAUAUUAAUAGAAUAUAUUAAUGCACAAUUUAUAUUAAUUUAUAUUAUUUGAACAAUUUGCAUGCACUGUUUAUAUUAAUUGAACUUUUUUUAUUAAUAUUGACUUUUAUUGAUCAUAAUUAAGUUACCAUUAUUACAAAUUCAUGAAGAGUUAAAUUGAAAGAAUACACCCUUCAGAGAGUAUGUCACUUUGGCUCUAGAGCCUCAUUUUCGUGAUCCAGAUUUUUGGGUUUGACUAAUAUCACCUACACGAAAACAAGGCUCUAUGGCCAAAGUGAUGUAAUUUCCUGGAAAGGUGCAAUGUAGCCUAUAGUGUCUUAGUUGAUAUUUCACCUGGAUUUUGAGAUGCCCCUAAUUAUUAUUUAAAUCGUAAUGUAUCGUCAGAUCAUGGCAAGGUCAUGCCUCCAUCAAUAAUGAAUUCUUGCCCUGUGGUAAAUGCAGAUUCAUCAGAGGCCAAAUAUACAGCUAACUUUGCGAUCUCUUCUGGUUUGCCAAAUCUCCCCAUCUUUUGUUGCUUCAGAAAAUUCUCCCUUGCUUCUUGUGGGUUUGGUGCUGCAUCAAGCCUACCACAGAGUGAUGGUGUCUCUAUACGAGCUGGACAUAUGCAGUUACAACGAAUACCCCUUGAUACAAAGUCUGCUGCAAUGGACUUGGUUAACCCACUGACGGCAGCCUUGGUUGCGGAGUAUGCAAAUCUGUUGACUACACCGAGAACAUUGGAUGCCACAGAUCCCAUAUUGACUAUCGACCCCGAGCCUUGCACUAGCAUUUUUGGGAUGAAAUAUUUGCAUGUCCAAAACAUGCUUUUGAUGUUUACAUUGAAACUCAAGUCCCAAUCUUUUUCUUCACAAUCCAGAACUGAACCAUUGUGAACAAUUCCUG